AUGGCCACCCAAACAUCUACCAACCAUGAGACACGUCUCUUCAUCAACGGCGAGUUCUCUGUAGCUUCAGACGGAGGAACAUUUCCGUUAAGCUCGCCACUCACGCGAGAGACAAUCGCUCUAGUAUCCGAGGCAACGGUGGAGGACACCAAUCGUGCUGUUGCAGCAGCAAAGGCGGCCUCGCCAGCAUGGGCCGCUUUGUCAGUUCAUGAAAGAGGAGCCUACAUGAACAAACUGGCCGACUUAAUCACAGACCAUGAGAAGGAACUCGCCAGCCUAGAGGCAGUCUCGAUGGGGCGACCUGUCUCUUCAUACUGGGAUGCAAAGGCGGCAGUGAAGAAGCUCCAGUACUUUGCUACGGCCGGCUGGAAUGGGCAGGGCCGUACUAGUCUGAAUACUCCGGGGUUUAUCAACCUGACCCUGAGGCAACCGUUUGGUGUGGUCGCCGCUAUUAUUCCCUGGAAUGUUCCCGUCUACGUGUUUAUCAACAAGGUUGCUCCCGCCGUGGCAGCUGGCAACACAGUGGUCCUCAAGAGCAGCGAAAAAGCUCCCCUGACAUCGGCAAAACUUGCUGGGCUCGUCCAGAAAGCUGGAUUCCCCCCGGGUGUCAUCAAUGUUCUUUCUGGCCAUGGCCACGUCUCUGGUGCUACCCUUGCUUCACAUAUGGAUAUCAGAUUGAUCACGUUCACCGGUUCAGGACGGACCGGACGUCUAAUCCGUGAAGCAGCAGCAAAAUCCAACAUGAAGAACGUCGUCCUUGAGCUUGGAGGGAAGAGCCCGGCCGUGAUAUUCGACGACGCUGAUCUAGGGCGUGCAGCAAAGGAGACGUCGCAUAGUGUCCAGUGGAACAGUGGGCAGGUGUGCAUGGCCAACUCUCGCGUCUACGUUCACGCUUCUGUGGCGGAACGCUUCGUGGAGCUUUUCAAAGAGUCCUUCAAAGCUGUGAGAUUGGGCGACCCUCUGGACCCAGAAGUCAACCAUGGGCCACAAGCGGACCAUACCCAGUACAACAUUGUGAAGAAAUAUUUUGAAAUGGGCAAGCAGGACGGCAAGCUUGCCCUCGGGGGAGUGCCCGAGGACACGGUUGGUUACUUUAUCCAGCCGACGAUUUUCCUCGACACGCCCGAGAACGCGCAGAUCAUGAAGGAUGAGGUUUUUGGGCCCAUCGUCAACAUCAACGUAUUCACCAACGAAGAGGAGGUGAUCCGGAUGGCGAACGACACCGAGUUUGGGCUCUAUUCUGCUGUUUACACGCGGGAUAUUGACCGAGCCUUACGCUUCGCGAAGGCAUCAGAGGCCGGUACCGUGGCGAUCAACUGUACCAGCCCGACAGGUGCAUUUGACCUUCCAUUUGGAGGGUACAAGUCAAGCGGUGUUGCACGAGAGGGUAUCCAUGACAGCUUGGACAACUAUCUAGAGACCAAAACUGUUAUUAUUAGAACUGGAUAG